CCUGACAGGAAGAUGAUUACCUCUCAGAACAGAGUCUUUCAAACACUCACGAGGGAGAACAAGAGCAGGGCGAGUGGCGCCUGAGAAUUACUAAGCGUUAGUUACCCUCAUUUUCAUCACGCCUCAUCUUUUUUUUUUUCCUUAACGGAUUUAGCACCGCAUUAGAUGCAGAGCAACUCUUCUUCCGGCGGAGUCUACAGGUUGAAGAGCUUUCACAUGGACAAUGAGUCUCCGGUUGACGGGAAUACUUAAGUCAAGUGCAUUGACUGCCUUUAGAGAGGAAUGCCAACUAGCAGCUACUGGGAUGGAUUCGUCCACUGUUGCUUGGUUUCAAGAAUCAAUACAGCCACAGAGUAACUACAUUAUAAAGGACGAGCUGAUGCAGCUAAGGAAAUGCAACUCUGCAAAGACCGCCCUUUAAGGUCAUCCUUUCAUGUUUUCUGGAAAAGAAAAGAAAAGCUUGAUAACAACAGUGCAUUUUUCUGAUCCAUUUUCCCAGAAAUGGGGAAUACCAUAUCCAACCAUCGUUAAGUGAUUUACAUUUCUUCAAGCGGCUCGGAAACCAUAAGAGUCACAGUGUGAAAAAGACUCUGCAAGUGCCAGAUAUAGUCAAGUCUGUUUCUUCUUGAGCAAACGAGGCACAUUGUUUUGUUUCCCCUUUUCCUGUGAGUCGGUGAGAAAGCCAGCUGACCAGUGUGAUCUUAUCUGCUUAACUAAUACUAUCACCAUGAAACCACUAACUGCCUCGGCGGAGUCUUUUUUUCCUCUGGAAACUGGAGCCAGCAGCUGUAACACCCAGAGACUACGUGAACAAGCUGUUCUGCUGCUUAACAUUAACAAGAUAUUAAAUUAAUUACUUAGCAGACUUACGGCGGGGAUUGCAUGGAGAGUUUGGGGCAGCAGAUGAACAGAAGCGAUCUGGACAAAAUGACUGGAACAGAUGAGGUUUUGAUUAAAUGUUUAGUCCCCAUCUUGGAUGGGCUGAUUCUGUUGACUGGGCUCAUAGGGCAAACUCUGGUCAUCAUCAUUCUUACUAGGAGGAGGAGGAAACAGAACCAGCCCCCACACAGCACAGACAUCCUACUUCUGGUUCUGAGCGCUGCUGACCUGCUGCUGUUACUCUGCCUGCCCUUCCACACCUCUGCUAUCACCCUGGGCUUCUGGCCUUUCGGCGGCUUCCUGUGCAAAGCUAUCAGUUUCCUGGGCGUGACCUGCUCGGUUGCCUCCGUAUUUACCAUGGCAGCUUUGGCUGUGACUCGCUACCUUACAGUGGUACACCCCACCUGGGCCUUCCGCUUGCGAAUGCACAGGCGCAUUAAACUGACAGUAGCUCUGCUCUGGGUGCCUGCCUCAGCUCUGGCAGCACCACAGUUUGCAUUUCGCACAGUCACCGUGUCCAGUGUUGUGCAGUGCUUCGCCUUCCUGUCUGACUUCAGCCAGCUGGUCUACAGCAUCGCCCUUUUCCUGUUUGGCUUCGCUCUGCCACUAGGCAUCAUUAUAAUGAUGUAUGCAAAGAUUUAUUGUUUUCUUCGAUAUGCACGCCAGGUGGGGAAUGCCCCUCAGCUAGAACGCUACCAGAGACAAGUCACUCACACUUCAGCCCUAUUGGUCGCCGUCUUCACCAUCCUGUGGCUGCCCUCCUAUGUCCUCAUGUUUUCCUUAAUUGGAGGACAUUUAAAAGACUCAUCUGGCAACAAAGUAUUUGCCAUCGUGGCCAGGCUGCUGGCAACCUCAGUGGGUGUGGUAAACCCUCUACUCUACAGCUUUGUGUCUCAGAAGUUUAGGCGAGACUUACUAGAGCUUGGAAGAAGGCAAUGGGCACGGUGCAGAAACUGUGUGAGUGGCUGCCCUUAUGCAAUGAGCAGAGACAUGGUACGGCCUUUUGAGGAGGACAGUACCUCAGGGAGAGGCCAAAACUGACUUUACAGAAGGAGAUCUGGAAUUAAGACUAGUUAAUACCUCCAAACAGGCUGAAAUAUUACAUAAGAAACUCUCAGUGACGUUAAAUAUGAUAAAAUUAAUUCCAGAUGUAAGAGAUUUACUGCAAAGUGAUCACUUUCUUGAUGUUUUUCCACAUUCGUUUUUCAUCCAGCAAUGACUGACUUUAUUCCAUUAGCACAUGUGGAAACAGGACUAGUCUUGGUUUCAUUAACAGUGCGUUUUAGUUAAUAACUUGGACAACAGACGUCUCUAAAACAUGACAGAAUGGGAUUAUGUAAUCAUGUCAAAAGUUAAUAAAAUACGCUCCUCUAACCUCAGCUGGAGCUUAUUUGGAGCUCAAUAAGUUCUACAUUCAGUACACGAUGUAAGACGUCGUUCUUAAAACUGCUUCAAACCCUUGUUCUCAAUGCAAAAUGAGUAAAAACACAAACCCUGUGCACCUUCCUUGUUCUCCUGCUGUACUUAACAAAAUAAUUCAUUUUUUGAAUCUUGUUAGAUGUGAACAGCUCUGGUCCAGGGCUUUUAAAUAUGAUACUUCACUCUUGAAUUAUUUAAAGAGAGCGGGAUUUAAAAGGCUCUUCAGUGGUGAAACAAGCAAAAACCAGGGCGUGGGUGUUGGUGUGCGCAAGCAGUGGCAGCUCUGAAGUGAUGUCAGCCUCUACUGGUUGAGUUACAGCUGCGUGUUCAUUACACCGGAUCCUCCCGGAUGCUUGUAUUGUGUCUGCUGACACCGUAGAGGGGACAACAUUCAAUUAUUAAUGGAGAGGAUUUUAAAAAAUAUGGCAGCAAAGAGCAACGCAGCAGAAAUAUUUGUCAACAGAGGUGGGGAAGUCUUAAGAGCAGCAAAACGUAAAGUUUUCCUGACGCUUUGACAGAAACGCGAAAUGCAUCUGAUGACCCCGCACUUACUUU